GAGUUAUUGUCACAAAACACAGCCAAGCCGGAGACUAGAGGACAACUUCUAGAGAUGGGGCGAUGUUGUAAAUCCCAUGUCUGUGUUUCAUGUGUGAAGCUCAAGAGGACCAGAGAGAGACGUCCCAGCAGACAGAAGAGAAGCGCACCAUGAACCAGGCUUCUCCCGCUGUUAUCGAGAUUCAUGACUCUACGACUGAAUGUGAGGACGAGACGAGGCCCAGUCCAGUGCAGAUGGAGGAGAAGGCUUUUGUGUCAAGUCUGCACUCUUUCAUGAAGGAAAAAGGUUCCCCUAUAGAGAGGAUCCCACAUCUGGGCUUCAAACAGAUUAAUCUUUGGAGGAUCUACAAAGCCGUUGAGAAACGUGGAGGCUACGAUUUGGUGACGACACAGCGUCUUUGGAAGAAAGUGUAUGACGAGCUGGGAGGAAGUCCGGGCAGCACCAGUGCUGCUACAUGCACUCGUAGGCACUAUGAGAGGCUCGUGCUGCCAUUUGAAAGACACGUUAAAGGAGAGGAGGACAAACCUCUGCCCCCAAGCAAACCACGGAAACCGUACAAGAGAAACUUGGAUGGGAAGAUUAAAAAAGUAGAGGUUAAGAGAAAAAGGAGCCAGUCGGAUAGAGAGAUGGAUUGUGAGACCCAGAGGAGUCCAGAGGCCGACUGCCAAAGUGAAUCAGUGAUUCAUCCUCACCCGGCUCUUUGGGCUGCUGCGUCUGACAGAAAGUAUCCAGACUGCUCUCAGCCAAUCAGAGCCCCCACUUCUGUCUACGCCCUUCUCCCAGUGUCCACAUCUAAUCCUUGGACUGCUCACAUCCCUUCUGCUGCUGCUGGAGAGGUCAUCUCUCCUCUGGAGAAAAAAAAGCGCAUGGCUCAGGCCAGCUUGAAUUUGCCCCCGAGUCCACAGAGCGAGGAUAAAGACAGGCCCUCGGUCAUCCGCUGCUCCCAGUCUCCAGCCCGGGCUUCUUCCAGCCACCACUGCAGCUCCUCCGAUGAUGGCUCCCCGCUGCCUUUAUCCUCCUCCUCUUCCCGCAGCCCCUCCCCUCUCUCUGUGUCAUCAGAGGAUGAACCAACAGGGAAUGAAAAUAAGCCUGCAUCAAGCUCAAAGCUGAGCCAAAACUGUUGUAGCUCUGUGACAUCCAACUGUGGUGAGGACAAUGCGUCUGUGAGCUGUACUCAGGUAUCAAAAGACUCUGCAGGACCAAAUAAGCACAUCUCUCAGGUCAGCUCCCAACCACUAACCGCUGACUCAAUGCAAAUCCAAAUUAAAGAUUGGGAACAAGUCCACAAAGUGGGUAGCAAAUAUUUCACCCAUCCUUUCCAAUCGACUCCUUCCUCCAGUUUUACCAAAGUUUUUCCAAAAUCGGUUCAGCUUCUGCGGCCUGCUCCCAUGCGGCCGAGUUAUAAAAUCCACCAGGGCAGGUUGGUGCACCAGGACGGCCCUCAGAAUCAUGCUAAGAAGCUGAGCAACGGGGUUCCAUGGGUUUAUCCGACAGAGAAGAGGGAGAAAUCCAGGGCGCUGCUACAGAAAAGUCCUGUCUCCCAGCAGAGUGUGUCCCAGGUCAACGCCUCCCUGCCGGUGCUGUGCGUCCUGUCAAGCUACGACAAAUCAGGGAGAGACUCUCGGCAUCCGCCUCCAUUCCACCCUGUGUUUCUCCCCAACAGAAUGAGGCUACCACAGUCCCAGCUGAUGUACCGUCAUAUACCAAUGGGUCCAGCUCCCUCUGCUCUAGCUGGCUCUUUCGUUUAUCCAUAUCCAUACCCUGUUCCACUGUUACACCACCCUCACACUGGAUACCUGCCUGCCAUGAAUCCAAGUUAUCCUCACAAGCUCUGAUGUUUCAAUUCCAGUUCGUUCCCACUGAAAAAGGAAGACACUGAGCUUGUUAUACCACUUUUGUAAUGUGCUUUGUAAUUCUGUGGAGGCCUUAGUGUUUUAAAGAUAUAAUGAAUUUCGCAACACACACACACAAUAGGCUCUACAGAUUUGCACACGCCUGGGCAGUGAUAGCUUUAUGUGUAACAGUGGGAAACAUACAAGGCAUUGUCAUUGUAUGAGUCCAAUUUUGCAUGCACUCUGAAGGACAUUACUCAAGAAUGGUCUGUCACACAUAAUACUACACUGGUGUAUAGUCUGUUAUUCGCCCUAUACGUCUCUUUUGUCACUUCACACAUUUGCCCGUGUUUGAAACUAAAGAACUUUGUGUUCUGUUCCUCAUUGUACUGUACUCUGAAGAGAUGUUUCUGUAAUAUCUGACUCAUAUCAGUGUUAAAAAAAAAUUACAAGUAAAUCUCAAUUAUAUGUAUUUAAAUAGAUUUUUAUUAAAUGAUAAUGAAUGAAUAAACCGACAUUCAAAAAAAUAUAACCUUUGGUCGUUUAUUCAUGAAAUAGGCCUGAAACUGAACUUAUAAGGUCUUUGAGAUGUUCUCUGGACCGUCUCCAAGUUUCAUACAAAUACAUCGAGGAGCUACAAGCUCCUUGUUUAUCAGAGAAAGUUCACACAAUUACUUUUUUAAAUUUUUCUAAAAAUGUUGCUUUGAUAACCUGAUAAAUAUGAGCUGCAGCAAUUCCUUCGCGAACGUCCAAGCAACAUGAAAUUUCGCUCCUCAUGAUGUCAUUGGGACUGUGUUUUUAAAACAAGGGGGUGGAAGGCGCGGGGAUGACCCUAUUUCUCAUUGUGGCUUAUUUGUUGUCUCACUAUACUUUUUUGAUAAUUUUUUUAUAUGUGCUUGAAACAAAAGAAGAAGAAGGCGUCAGUUUGUGUCUCGCCUGGACUAAGACUGUGAGUGGAAGUGAAAGCAGGUGUUUUAUGUAAUGUUACUUUGGUUGAGAUGUGAAACUGAUGCAUAUCCUCAGGUCAACACGUAUUCAACAGGUUCAAUGUAACGGCCUCAUAUCGCCUAUCUUAAAAAGAAAGUAUUCGCUGACACAACUCUGAAACCAAUCACUGAACGAUGGCUUCACCUAGUGGACAAAACGGGAAAAUUCAUCUGAUUAUUCUCACUUCAUGAAGCAACACAAACAAUAAAUAUUUAAAUAGGAAAACA